GAGGAGGCUGAGAGAAGGGGCUGUGGGCGGUCCCUGAAGGGCCUCCAGGGAGACGCCUAGAAGAUGGAGGCCCAGAUUUUUGAGACGUUUCUCUUUCUGAUCUAGCAGGAGGGACAAAGAGCUCCACUCCCUCAUUCCCCAAGAAGCCCCCAAGCCUACCCAGUUUCCGUGCCCAUUCUGCCCUGGGAAAGCGGCUUCCCAGACCUCCUUAUCUAUUUUCCUUGAAUCAUGAGAGAUGAAAUUGCAACAACAGUUUUCUUUGUCACAAGAUUGGUGAAAAAACAUGAUAAACUAAGUAAACAGCAAAUAGAAGACUUUGCAGAAAAGCUGAUGACGAUCUUGUUUGAAACAUACAGAAGUCACUGGCACUCUGAUUGCCCUUCUAAAGGGCAAGCCUUCAGGUGCAUCAGGAUAAACAACAAUCAGAAUAAAGAUCCCAUUCUAGAAAGGGCAUGUGUGGAGAGUAACGUGGAUUUUUCUCACCUGGGACUUCCGAAGGAGAUGACCAUAUGGGUAGAUCCCUUUGAAGUGUGCUGUAGGUAUGGUGAGAAAAACCAUCCAUUUACAGUUGCUUCUUUUAAAGGCAGAUGGGAGGAAUGGGAACUAUAUCAGCAAAUCAGUUAUGCAGUUAGUAGAGCCUCAUCAGACGAUUCCUCUGGCACUUCCUGCGAUGAAGAAAGUUGUAGCAAGGAACCUCGUGUCAUUCCUAAAGUCAGCAAUCCAAAGAGUAUUUAUCAGGUUGAAAACUUGAAACAGCCCUUUCAAUCUUGGUUCCAAAUCCCCCGCAAAAAGAAUGUGGUGGACGGCCGUGUUGGCCUCCUGGGAAACUCUUACCAUGGCUCGCAGAAGCACCCUAAGUGUUACAGGCCUUCUAUGCACCGGGUGGACAGGUACCACUGGGUCAACAUACACCAAUGAUGCAGUGACUGGGCACAUGGUGGGCGAGAGCUCAGAGGAGCACCUUUAUUCUAAAAUAAAAAUGAAUUUAAGGUUGAGAGGCCCAUGAAACAAAAAAUGACCAUAUUAGGGAUGAGGGUACACAAUGGUAAAUCCUCUCAUACAGAUCAUGACUGUUCUUAGCUGUACUUUUAAUUCUUAUUUAAUUUUACAUGAAGUUUUAUGUAACAUUAGUGAAUGUACCCAGUAAGGUAACAGAAUGAAGAUAUUGACCUGUAGUAAGACUCAAUGAUUAUGAAAAGUAAUGGUUUAAAUAAACGUACAGUGUUUUUA